AUGAGUGAUACCCAUUACCACUCGCCCCACGCAGCGGCCCGCGCCGAAGUCGUUCGCGUCAUUCCCUAUCCCCGCAACGAGGAUCUAGUCAAUCGGCCGGACCUUAUUGACAAGCUAGAUAAGCUUUUACCGCAAACAUCGGGAUCACAUAGUGCCGCACUUUGGGGCCUAGGAGGAUCAGGCAAAACACAGAUCGCGCUAGAUUACGCGUACCGACGAUGCGACGCCGACGACGAGUGCUGCGUAUUUUGGGUGCACGCCGACAUCGAAGCGACGUUUCUAGCCGACUAUAAGACGAUCGGCAAGAAGCUCGGGGUCGACGAGCGGCUGGACGGGACAGAUCUGCUUGACGCGGUACGCAAUGAAAUCGAAGGACGGUCGAAAUGGGUGAUGGUCCUUGACAACGCGGAUGACCUAGAACUAUUUGGGGUGGGGCAACAACUAGGAGGAAGUGCGACAGAUGGAAGUCAGAAUCAGAACCUUCAAAAGUACGUGCCUUGCACGUCACAAGGAACGGUGCUAUGGACGAGUCGAGAUGCGCACAUUGCAGGCACGCUUGUUGGAGCGCGUCGUAGUAUCGAGGUGCGGUCCAUGUCCGUAGGUGAGGCAACAACACUUCUCGCAAGGAUCCGAGAUGAGCCAUUAACUGCGGAAGAGGCAGUGGAGGAAGCAGGAGUGGAUGCUCUUCUGCAAGAACUAGAGUGUCUCCCGCUGGCGAUCUCACAAGCCGGGGCAUACAUGCGGCGGAUGUCGAUGACAGCUGAGAAGUACCUGGAUCUCCUCAGACGAGGCAAGACUCGAUGGGAGGUGCUGAAACUGAGCGAUACCGAUCGACAUCGACGACCGGGGGUAUCGAAUAGUGUGCUUGAGACGUGGAGGAUCUCGAUGGAGCGGAUCCGGAUGGAGAGCGAGACAUCAUACCGGAUACUGCAUGUGAUUGCAUAUGUCGACAGUCAAGACAUGCCUCACGAGCUAGUAGCAGCGACGGCUCGUCGAUACGAUAAAGAGGAUGGAGAGGAAGACGACGUUGACGAGGUUGUCUUAAGCAGACAGGUUUCAGACCGUGAGGUUUUGGAAGCAACCACACGCCUGACAGAGUUUUCUUUCCUCAGCCUUCGCCAGACAGAGGAUAGUGGGAGAAGGUACGAGAUGCACAAGCUUGUGCAAGAGGCUAUACGAUAUGGGCUGAGGGUGAGAGACUCUGCAGCGACGACUGUUGACAAAGCAUCAGAGGUAAAUAACAGGCCAAAAGAGGAUGAAGCAUACUACUGUGACAAGGCGCUACAGGUAGUGAACGACCUCUUCCCGUCAUCGGAACCUGCUACAUGGGAACGAUGCGAGCAGUACAUAACACAUGCCAUCCGAGUAGGGGAGUGGGCGAAGGUAGGCAGGACGGAGAUCAAGACAGCAAUUCUGCUUGCCAAGGUAUCAUACUUUCUGUAUGAUCGAGGGCGAUGGAGAGAGAAGGAGCCGGUAGACAGCCGUGCGUGGGACCUCCUACGAGAGGUGCUCGGGGAAAAGCAUCCAGAUACGAUCUGGAGCAUGGCGGAACUUGCGGCGACGUACCAUAACCAGGGCCGAUAUGACGAGGCUGAAGAGAUCUCAGUCAAAGUACUAGACCUCCGACGAGAGGUGCUCGGGGAGAAGCAUCCAGAUACGAUCUGGAGCAUGGCGGAACUUGCGGCGACGUACCAUAACCAGGGCCGAUAUGACGAGGCUGAAGAGAUCUCAGUCAAAGUACUAGACCUCCGACGAGAGGUGCUCGGGGAGAAGCAUCCAGAUACGAUCUGGAGCAUGGCGGAACUCGCGGCGACGUACCAUAACCAAGGCCGAUAUGACGAGGCUGAAAAGCUAAAGGAUGAAGCACUGGCGCUUCGACGAGAGGUGCUCGGGGAGAAGCAUCCACAUACGAUCAGGAGCAUGGCGGAACUCGCGGCGACGUACCAUGCGCAGGGCCGAUAUGACGAAGUUGAAAAGCUAAAGGAUGAAGCACUGGAACUCCGACGAGAGGUGGUUGGGGAGAAGCAUCCAGAUACGAUCUGGAGCAUGGCGGAUCUCGCGGCGACGUACCAUAACCAGGGCCGAUAUGGCGAGGCUGAAGAGAUCUCAGUCAAAGUACUAGACCUCCGACGAAAGAUGCUUGGAGAGAAGCAUCCAGAUACGAUCUGGAGCAUGGCGUCCCUCGCGGCGACGUACCAUGCACAGCGCCGAUAUAAGGAGGCCGGACACUCCAUCAGGCCGCUUUAG